UGGUGAAACACAACUCCUGGCACUGCAAGAGGUUUCUGUCUCCAGGUUUCUCUAUCCAUGCUCCUUUCUCCUGCACUCCUGCACUCCUGAAGAUGCCCAGGAGAGGAGUCCUUGCUGUGGGGACACUCCUGAUGCUGCUGCAGCUGGCAUUUGUCCCAUCCCCACUGGCAGGCUGCCUCCUGGAUCCCUGUUUGGAGAUCACCCCUAACACAACUUUCAGAUGCACUGGACUGAACAUCUCUGGAGUUCCUGAUGGAGUCCCAAACACCACCCAGAACCUGGACCUCAGUUUCAGCAAUCUGAAAUCACUGGGGUCAAAUUAUUUUGCAUCAGUCCCUGAGCUGAAGUUUCUGGAUCUUUCAAGGUGCCACAUCCAUACCAUAGAAGAUAACUCCUUCAUGGAUCUCCACAGACUUUCCACCUUGGUUUUAACUGCCAAUUCCCUCCAGCACCUGGGGAAAGCAGCUUUCUAUGGCUUGACAUCUCUGAAAAAGCUGGUUCUGGUGGAAACCAACAGGACCUCUCUGUCUGAGCUGCCUAUUGGCCACUUGCAUACUCUGCAGGAGCUGAAUUUAGGCCACAACAGCAUUACUUCAUUGAAGCUUCCCAAGUAUUUUGCCAGCAUGACCUCCCUCAGGCACCUGAGCUUCUUCUCUAACAAGAUCACAUCUGUCUCCAGAGGAGACCUUGAUGUCCUGAGGGACGGGAACAGGCUCAACCUCACUCUGGUGCUUUCCUUGAACAAUAUAAAAUCCAUAGAGCCGGGGGCCUUUGCAGGGAUUCACCUUGCUGAGCUGGCUCUCAGGUCUGCUUUUGAGAGCUCCACGAUGCAAACUUCUCUGCAAGGCCUGGCUGGAUUGCAGGUCAGCAGACUCAUAGUUGGGGGGUUCAGUGACCGAGGGAGACGGCAGGACUUUGAGAGGGGGCUCUUGGAUGGACUGUGCCAUGUACAGAUGGAAGAGUUUGUCCUAAUCUGCCUCAGGGGCUUUGAGGAUGACACAGACACUCUCUUUAACUGCGUAGGCAACGUCUCCACUAUUCGCUUGGUGGACCUCGGACUUGAGGAGAUCUCACAGGUUCCUAUGUGGUCUAAAGUGAAACAGCUGGAAUGCAAGAAGUGUGCUUUUGAGGAUGUGCCUGCCCUGAAGCUGUCACUUUUCAAGGAGCUGAGAGUGCUUCGUAUUACCAAGAACACAAGCCUCAAAAACUUCAAGCAGAAGUUUGAGGGUCUCAGUAACCUGGAGGUCAUAGAUUUGAGUGAGAAUAGACUCACCUUCAGCAGCUGCUGUUCCCCUCAGUUUCAAAACUGUCCAAAUUUGAAACACUUGAACUUAAGCUUCAAUUCUAAUAUCAGAUUGACUGGAAAUUUCACUAAUGUGAAGAAUUUGUUAUAUUUGGACCUUCAGCACACAACCUUAUUUGGUCCUGGCUCCUACCCUGUCUUUCUGUACCUUCAGAGACUGAUUUACCUUGAUAUUUCCCACACCAAAACCGAAGUUAGAUCCCAGUGUACGUUUUGUGGCUUGAACUCUUUGCAAGUGCUCAAGAUGGCAGGAAACUCCUUUGUGGACAAUAAGCUGGCAAACAACUUCAAAAACCUAAGUCACCUCCACACCUUGGAUAUUUCAAGCUGCAAAUUAGAACAUGUGGAUCAAAGUACUUUUGGUGCCCUCUCUGAGCUAAAAGAGCUAAACAUCAGUAACAAUAAGCUUCUGACUUUUGAUCCUGGAGUCUACCAGCCACUCCAAGCCCUCAGAAUCCUGGAUUUCAGCAGAAACCAGCUGACUGUUCUGUUGGACUCAGCCAGGGAAAUCCUGCCUGACAGCCUGGUCCUGUUGGAUAUCUCUCAAAACCUGUUUGAUUGCUCCUGUGUGUACCUGGACUUUCUGAAAUGGAUCAAGGAGAAGCAGGAGCUGCUGCAGAACAAGGAGCUGAUGCUGUGCCGCACUCCCUCGUACGUGGCCAACGUGAGCCUGCCAAGCUUUGAUCUGUCCUCCUGCUAUGUCAACGUAGGCAAAAUUUCCUCCUCAGUGGUUGCGUUGCUCUGUGUGGCAGUGCUCCUCUUCCUGGUUUACAAGUACUACUUCCAGAUCUACUACUCCGUGGUGCUGCUCAGUGGCUGCAAACACUAUGCAGAAAGAGGUGACACCUACGAUGCCUUUGUCAUCCACUCCAGCAAAGACCAGGAAUGGGUGACAAAGGAGCUGGUGGAACCCUUGGAAGGAGGAAGACCUCCCUUCCACCUGUGUCUGUACUACAGGGACUUCCUGCCAGGGGUACCCAUUGUCACCAAUAUCAUCCAGGAGGGUUUUCUCAGUAGCAGGAAUGUCAUCGCAGUCAUCUCCACUGACUUCCUGGAGAGCAAGUGGUGCAGCUUUGAGUUUGACAUUGCCCAGUCCUGGCAGCUGGUGGAGGGGAAAGCUGGGAUCAUCAUGAUUGUGCUGGAAGAUGUGGAUAAGGCCCUGCUGAGGCAGAGGCUGGGGCUGUCUCGGUACCUGAGGAGGAACACCUACCUGGAGUGGAAAGACAAGGAAAUAAGCAAACACAUCUUCUGGAGGCAGCUGACAGGAGUGCUGCUGGAGGGCAAAAAUUGGAAUCACGAGGAGGCAAAACUCAUGUGAAGAGAAAGAAAUGUUCUUCCUGCUCUGUCUGCCAUCCUGGCCUGAUGGAUGGUGCUCAGAAUCUGGUUCUUCUGUUGUUGUUCAGAGUCAGAGGGAGUGGAUGGAGGCACUGCCACAUCCCUACAGAAAUUCCUGCCUUGCCGGUCGCCUUCUGUCAAGGAAAUUUGCAAGUUAAGGAGUGACAAGGGCCAGAAGAGCUGCCUGAGCUCUGUGUUUGGCCAUGGCUGUCAGCCACAGGUGGCCCAGCAAUGCCUCAGGUUUGGUGGGUGUAGAAACAGACCAGUGCUCUUACCAGUGCAUCUGGCUGCUUCUGAAAUUGGAUUUGGGUCCUGGGACCAUUUACCCAGAGGGACUUCAGAGUCUGUUGCUUUGAGUGGACCCCAGAAUGUCAAAGGCAGAGUAAAGACACAAGAUUUUCAGCUUUAGAAACUUUGUGAAACAGAAACAAAGUUUAGAUUCUGAAAGCCUUGUGCCUGCCUCUGUGGGCACCAUGACUCAGGGCACAAACCCUCCAGGGAGCAAUGGGGCAUCCUACAGCCCAGCUGGCAGCUGCUCAGGGAGCCUGAGUAGUUUUGUCAUCAGGGAGGGAGGUUUCUGUGGCUGGGAAAUGUGUCCAACAUGUUUCUUUCAGUUUUCUUUAGAUCAAGACCAAAUAUUGAAACAAACACCUGAAAAUCUUACUUAUAUCUAGAUUAUAUAACAUUUGAGAGAGCAUUUUGGUGUUUUCUUGGUGGGACAAGAAAUGUAUAACACCUCUAAACUGAAAUAUUUCUUUGUUCCCACUGUUUCUCCUCAUCCAGUGUUUUUUGGAUAUGCUCUGGGACUGCUUUAAGCAAGCAGAAUUGAGCCUGAAUGAAGUGUUUUGAUGUUUACAGGCAGCCAGUUCUAGAUAAACCUUUUUACUCUUGGGACCAGCCUUAAUUCACUGUUGGGAGGUGCUGCAAGAGCCUCCAGGGUUUGAAAUGGGGUUCAGAUCUGCCUGUUUCCCCAGGGGUCAUCUGCCCCUUGGAACAGCACUGGGUGGGGGAGUUUUGCUUUUGUUUCACUGAGAACGUGCCUGGCAUUUUGCAGGGAGAAGAGAUAGAGGGGAAAAGUCUGAGUUAGCUGAACUAGGUGUACCCCAGCAGUGUCCUGACUCAAGGGAAGGAACGUCUGAAUGCCAUGGAAUCCUACCACAGAGCACACCAGUGGUGUGUGGGAUAUGGCAUGGGGCAGGAGUGUUGCUCUCUUUUUACCAAAGGCUUUGGUUGGGAUUCAUCACUGAAUUACUCUGGUGUUAAUCUGGUAAAUCCUUCUAUGAGCAGUGAUGUUCUGCAGAGGUAAAACAGAAGCAACUGAGUGGUGAAUCAGAUCUGCUAUUUAUCUGCUCACUUCUCUAAGCACCAGACAGGGACAUUUCCAUGGAAGCAGGAUCAGGGAUCAACAUCAGACAUUAUUGGACAGAGAGGGAGAGCCAGCUCCAGGCCUUGUGCUGGCAAAAGUUGAAUCACAGCUCCCUCCCUAUGUGCUGUGUCAGACAACACUACCAAAACCCCCCACAGCCCUCCCUAAGCUUCUUUUGUGACCCAGAAGAUAAAAAUUUAAUAAAACUAUGCUUGAUGCUGCAUUCCUUUGCCCAGAGAGUUUGUUCUGCAUCCGCUAAAUACUAUUCCAGUAAUUCCCAAAAUGAAGUUCUCCUCACCUCUGCUGGCAUUGAUGGGUCCUGCAGACCUUCCUCCUCACCCUUCCACCCCCACUUUCCUCCUCCUCCUCCUCCAGGAGGCUGCUGGAGGUGGUGGGGGACAGCAAGCCUCGAAGUUCUCUGCACUGAGGUCAAAGGAGAGCAAAGUGGACAAAGCAAAGAUUACCUUGAAUUUCAGCAGUUCCAAGUUAAAUUGGGAAACAAAAGAGGAAAAAUUAAAUAGAGUGGGAGUUCUUGCUCCUGAAUUGAGCAGCACUGAAGCCGCAUUUCUCCUUCACUCUUUCUCUCUGUGGCUCCUUUGCAAACAAUUCAGUGGAUGUGUAUUUCUGGCACAAAGCACAGAGUCCUAUGAUUCUUGAUUGUAAUUAUAACAAUGAGUUUCAGAAAGCCUGCGAGUGGUUCUGGGCAUUUAUAAAAGGGAUUUAGGACAGUAUUGUUUAAAAAGUCAGUGUUUUUUUGAAUAUCAAAGCAAUUUUAGGAGAGCUGGAGCGACGCUGAGACGAGGCUCCCACCAGUACAAUUUUAAAAGAAACUGGUGACUUAUUUUUCUCUUCCUAUUCAGAGUCUCCACAGCAGACAUGAAUACCUGAGUUGUCCCUGGUUUCCUUAUUGUCCAAGAAAAAGCCACAAAACCCAUCAUAACUUCAGCUGCCCCUCUGUGGUCCCUUCCAGCCUGACCCACUCUGUAAUUCUGUGACCAGCCCCGGCAGUGCUGAGGUUUAUGAGUCCAAGAUGGACAAGACUGUGUGAAGAAUUGUA